AUGACAACACGAAUAUCAAUUGAAGACGUUCGUAGAGAGGUCAAAAUCCUCAAAGCCUUGUCCAACCAUAAUAAUCUUGUCAAAUUUUAUGAUGCAUGUGAGGAUGCACUUAACGUCUACAUAGUCAUGGAAGGUGGAAGGUACUCAGAGGAGGAUGCAAAAGCUAUAGUUAUUCAAAUACUGAGUGUAAUUACCUUUUGUCAUCUUCAAGGUGUUGUGCAUCGUGAUUUAAAGCCAGAGAAUUUUCUUUUCACCACCAGAGAUGAAAAUGCUCAGAUGAAGUUGAUUGAUUUUGGCCUUUCCGAUUUUGUUAAACCAGGCAAUAGUACAACAAACAUACAAACAGCGGUUCCCGGGCAAACAAUUUUGCACCCAUCAUAUUCAAUUCAUCAAAACCUCGAAGCGCUAUCCAAAGCCCUAACAGAGGAUCAGUUGUUUUAUCUAAGAUCACAGUUUAAGCUGCUAGCACCAAACGGAGAAGGUCACAUAUCGUUCGACAACUUUCGAAUGGCCCUAUUGCAAAAUGCAAAUGAGGCAAUGAAGGAGAGUAAGGUUAUUGAUAUCUUAAAUGUGUUGGAGCCACUCUCGUACAGAAAGAUGGACUUUGAAGAAUUCUGUGCUGCUGCAAUCAGUCCCCAUCACCUCGAGGCCUUGGAUGGGUGGGAACAAAUGACAAGUAUGACUUUUGAGCACUUCGAGCGGGAGGGGAACCGAACCAUCACCGUUAAGGAGCUAGCUCAGAACAAAGAGGAGGAAAAAGGUAAGGAUGCAGCCAUACUUUCUCGGUUAGAAUCUGCUGUUCCGGUGAUGCAACAUCAAUUCCGCAAAGGUGUCUGCUCUGUGGAGGAAGCAAGGCACGAGAGGAGAUCAGCUAAAGAUGGAAUUAGGGAAGGCUUGUCCGGCAAUGGUUUGAUCGCGAGCGAAGAUCGAUGCUAG